CUUCCGGUUACAAUGUAAACAACGUGAUUUGUUUCUUGCAUAGAAAUUCGUAAUUGUAUUUCAUGGCAGUUAUUUGUACCACUCCAACAUUAUGGAUGGGAGAUCUGGAAUCAGACUGGGGUGAAGAAUUUAUAACAAAUGGUUUCCAGAAUAUGGGUAUAACAAUAAGAUCUCUUAAAAUCAUCAAAAACAAAGUAACAGGUUUGCCAGCUGGGUAUUGUUUUGUUGACUUUACAGACAAAGACAAGGCACAAGAAGCUUUAUUAAAAUUAAAUGGAAAGGUGAUACCAGGAACAUCUCCGGUCAGAAGAUUUAAACUAAACAGUGCAGGAUAUGGUAAAGACAGUACACCAUUACCUGAGUUUUCCUUAUUUGUUGGAGAAUUAUCAGAUGAUGUUGACGACUAUGUGUUAUAUCAGGCAUUUGCUAAGAGAUAUAGGUCAUGUAGAUCUGUUAAAAUUGUGACUGACAGUUCAGGACGAAGCAAAGGCUAUGGCUUUGUCAGAUUUACAGAGGAGAAUGAUCAACAGAGAGCUCUUAUUGAAAUGCAACACUUUCCUGGAAUUAGUCGUAGACCAAUCAGAGUUAGUCUAGCUACCCCUAAAAGACCGCUGCCACCUGAUGUAUCUGGAGAUGUACAUUACAGUCAUUAUUAUGGUCAUAAUUACCCUUACAGUGCCUCAUAUUACCAGUAUUAUGGAUCCCAUACUGCUCCUCAUUCAUCACAUGAUCAUGCACAUCAUGAAUCUACUACUGCAGAAGAUGAAAUGGAUACACUAGAAGAACCAGAAUUGGAGAUAGAUGUAUUUAGAUACAAUAAAGACUUUAUGGAACAAAGUGAGGAAGUGUUUGAAGCCAUUGAACUUUCCAGAUGGACACCAUUAGACAGUAUUACAUCAAAAUUACCUCCCCCUAUGUCUAUCUAGUCAUUAUCUCAACUAUGUGAACAGUUAUUGUGUCAUUUUAUUCAUAAUGAUAAAACAUCUCUACAUUGUGUCAUAAUGUUUAUUACAUUUCAGUUCAGGAACAAAUGUAUUAGAUCGACAAACAAUAUUAUGUUUGGCUUGAAGGAUUCAAAUAUAAUACAGAAUGUGUUCAUUGUAUCAUUGUCAUAUAAAUUGUUAACUCACUGCCAUUAUUUAUCAUCUGUCAUUUUCUACCAUAAAGCUAUUGAAAAAA